UUGUUUAAUUUCGCUUUGAGUCCGUUUUUAAUAAUUUGUUUAAGCGGACAAUACGACGAGAUGGCUGGGAAUAAUAGAUCUAAGAAAAUAACCACAAAGACAAACACUUUCAAGGAGAUUGCUGAAAACUUUGACCAGUUGGUCAGCCAUGCAGAUCGCUUUUUAAAGCCACAGCCGGAGCGGGUUGAUGCCAUUCAUCGACUUAUUCAGCAAACGUAUGGUGUAAGCAUCAGCAGCGAUGUGGACAAUCAAAAGGAUGUUUUGCCUGAGCUCGUUUUGGACCAGAUGGAUGAGGAACAAAUUUGGCAGCAGCUUGAACUACGCAACGAUUUGGUAUUCCCACAGUUUUUAAAACAAACUGCUCAUCUUACAGCUAUAAGGGAGCAGAAUUUGGGAAUUGAGCUUGACAACGACGAUGAUGAUGAUGAUGAUAAGUUGUCCGAGCCGGAGGGUGAGCAGGAAGAAGCCGAGAAGGAUGAGCAGCAAUCAGAGUUGGAGGAAGACUCUGAUGGCAUUAAUGAACGGCCCGCAACUAAAUCCAAACAAAUCAAUUCAAAAACUAGCAAAAAAGGAAGAAAAUCCGUGGUUGAUGACACAUUUUUCAAGCUGGAUGAAAUGAAACAGUUUUUGGAGCAGGAAGAUGCCAAGGAAAUGCGAAGACACAAUAAAAAAAACCAAGCGGACGAUUCAGAGGCAAUUGAUCACUUUGCAGAAGACUUUGGAGUUGGUGAGGAGUCGGAUGAUGACAAUGAUGUCAAUGUGAAUUAUGCCGACUUCUUUGAGAUGGAUGACGAGCUGCAAGAGGAGGCACAGAAGCUGCCAAAGGACAAGGACAGAGCCUUCUUUAAUGAAAAUGACAACGAGGAGGAUGAAAAUGAGGCAGAAGCAAGUGAUGGUGAGCACGAGGAUGAGGAGGAAGCGGGAGAUGUACCUAGUGAAAUCGAUGAGGCUGACUUUGUGGCCCAAAGUGGAGUGGAACCGGCCAGCGCUUCGGAUUCUGAAGAUGACGAUAAAAGCACAGAUGAAGAAGCUGAGCAGGAGAAGGAGAAGAUCUCGAAUGCGCCACAGUCGUCCAAUGAAAUGCGUGAGGUGCGUCUGCUGCAGCGCAUACGAGACUAUGAGGAUGUUGUGCUCGGCGACAAACCCUGGCAGCUAAGGGGUGAAGUACAGGCUGGAAGUCGGCCACAAAACUCUCUGCUGGAGGAGAUCUUGGAGUUUGAUUCAACGCGACGACCUGUUGCUGCCAUUACGGAGGAAGAAAAUGAAACAAUCGAGGAUAUAAUUAAGCAGCGCAUUCGCGACAAGGCCUGGGAUGAUGUGGUGCGCACGGUGCGACCUGUGCACACGCCACAGGAAUAUCGAAAGCAGCUCGUGCUCGAUCAGGAGAAAUCCAAGCAGUCCUUGGCACAAAUCUACGAACAGCAAUAUCAGCAGGAGUUGGACAAGCUAGAUCCCAAUCGUGAUGCUGACGACAGCACGGCGCCGGAGCCAAAGGAGCAUCAAGAAAUCAAACGCGCCAUGCGCUCACUCUUUCUUAAGCUCGAUGCCCUCUCUAAUUUCCACUUCACACCCAAGCCAGUAGCGCCCGAAAUUAAGAUUGUCACUAAUACGCCCGCCGUUCACAUGGAAGAGGUGGCUCCAGUCGCAGUCAGCGAUGCCAAGCUGCUGGCUCCCGAGGAGGUCUUCCGCGGUCCCAAACACACUCCGUUGGGCAAGACAGAGCGCACUCGCACAGACAAAAAUCGGGAACGUCGAAAGAAGAAACAGAAGCAGCGUGCUAUCAAUGCAGCCGUAGAAAUGCGUGAUCUGCAGCGUGCCAAGGAGGGAAAAGCUCCUACACAGCGAGAGGCGAACGCUAAGCUGCUUAAAUCCAUCACAAAGAGUCGCAAUGUACAAAAGAUUACAACCAGCAACGAUCAGGGCGCACUUAAAUCAUCAAAGGCAUUCUUUAAUAAGCUGCAGGACACAACAACAGCCACGUCGACAACUACUGGCAGCAAACGUCCCAAAAAGGACCUUUCUAAAGCAAAUGCCAAAAAACUUAAGCUGUAAUUGUACAAAUAAGUCUUUAAUACAUGUUAAUUAUAUUUGACCAGUUGCUGCAGGCGAA